AUGGCGAAGUCUUGCAAAGGUCUGGCUAUGGAGCUCGUCAAAUGCUUGAGCGAUUCUGACUGUGUUAAGGUUGAGAACCGGCCGUACAGAGAAUGUGCCAAAGAGAAGAGCCCGAAAAUUUCAAGCGAGUGUGUGGGGCUUAGAGAAACGUAUUUCAACUGCAAAAGAGGACAGGUUGACAUGAGAGCUCGUAUUCGCGGAAACAAGGGUUACUAG